GAAAUAGUUUUUAUUCAGUUUCCUGAAAGUUUAGUUCCCAGUUCCACAUCCGGUCCCAGUGGAACAUGGAGGCCGCUGCUGGGCUCCGGACCGCCCCCCCCCUCGGUCACAUCCUCGCCAGUGAAAAGUGGAGAAGCUCGGUUCUGGUCCAGAGUCUGAAGGGUGGAGGCGUGAACAUCCUGUUUGAGGAGCAGCUGGGCGUGGCCGACUUCCAUCUUCCCAACAGGAGCUGCGUCCUCUACGUGUCCGAGGGCGACGUCGUGUCCGGGAGCAGCUACAAGAGGAAACUGGUCCGCUACAGAAACGCCAGCAGCCGGCUGCAGGAGCUGGUUCUGGUGGAGAACACCCGGCUGAGCGAGCAGUACUUCUCGGCGGUGCAGAGGUUCGUGGUGUUUGACCUUGGCUUGACCUUGCUGCCGGUGGGCGGGCAGCUCGAGGCCUCGCAGCUCAUCGCUCAGAUCGUGCUCGGGGGGGGCAGGGACAACCCCUUCAGGAGGUCCCGGGCGGUCCGGCCGCUGGACCCGGCGGUCCUGGCCGUGGUCCAGCGGGUCCCCGGGGUCGGUCGGGUCAAAGCUCUGGCGCUGCUGCAGAACUUCUCCAGCCUCCAGCAGCUCUGCAGCGCCGGCCCGGCCGAGCUGGAGCCGGUCGUGGGCCAGGCCGCCGCCCAGCUGGUCCACGGGUUCCUCACCAGAACCAGCGCUGGAACCUGAGGCCGGUCCCGAGGCCCGCGGGUCCGAGUCCGGUCCUGAGACCAGCGGGUCUGAGUCCAGCUGGUCCACGGGUUCCUCACCUGAACCAGUGCUGGAACCUGAGUCCGGUCCUCUGACCCGCGGGUCCGAGUCCAGCUGGUCCACGGGUUCCUCACCAGAACCAGCGCUGGAACCUGAGGCCGGUCCCGAGGGUCUAAGGCCAGCUGGUCCACGGGUUCCUCACCAGAACCAGCGCUGGAACCUGAGGACCCUGGGACUCAGACCCGCCGAGGCCGGUCCUCGGGCCCGCAGGUCUGAGUCCAGCUGGUCCACGGGUUCCUCACCAGAACCAGCGCUGGAACCUGAGGACCCUUGGACUCAGACCCGCCGAGGCCGGUCCUCGGGCCCGCAGGUCUGAGUCCAGCUGGUCCACGGCUUCCUCCACAGAACCAGUGCUGGAACCUGAGGCCGUUGCUCGAGUCCAAGUCCGGUCCUUGGGUCUGAGGCCGGUCCUCUGACCCGCGGGUCUGAGUCCCACCAGGAGGUGAAGUCUCCUUCUGGGUUCACGAGAGACUUUCCUCCUUCCUGUAAACACGUUUCUUUCAGGUCCGAGUGCAAUGGAAAGAUAAACACGUCUGAUUUAUAUCUGUAAACAUAAAAGCAGAUUCUGAUAUGAAAGACUCGUCAGGUUCUGAUCAGCCGAACAGUUUUCACUCGUUGUUUUUUGCGUUCACACUUUUGUAUCCACACUAAAU